AUGCCUAAACGCACCGUAAGGGAGAAUAAGGAGAUCGGAGAGCGAUUCCUGCAGUCCCUAAAGGAAUCUGGCAAGGAAAAAGUGAGCAACAAAAAAGAGCUGGCGGCGAUCUACAAUCAGGAGUUUCGGUACAGGUUAGUAGACGAGAGCAAUGGGGGGCGGAGAGGUUCAAGGAUGGCGGAGCGGCCAGCAUCUCUGCAGCGCAGGAGGCUUUUCCUCUCGGCUUCCUGGCUUUGGAAUGAAGGGGAAAGCGCUGGAAUCCCUACUGAGCAGCAAGCCCAGGCUUGCCCAGAGUGGGACCCCCCCCCCCGGGCCUCUCGCUUCAUUCAAACUCGCCUCUGGGUCUCCUCGGUGGAGCGGAACUUCGCGCGCCCCGACGCCUUUCCUUUUUGAGUUUGGCAAGCAGCCCGGCUGCGUUCUCGGCGCAGCGCAAAGGCGCAUCCGUGGCGCAAAAUGGGGCACGUCGGUUUACUACAGACGGCCGUGUUCGAGGGGAGGGAAAAGGCUGGGGUGGCUUCUCUCAGUUGUUCGGCCUUACAUAUUAGCGCUCGAGAGAAGGGUCUGAGGAGAAGAAAAAUGGAGCAAGGGUGUGGGGUCGAAGGGAGGGAGUUAGACAGUGCUCAGAGGAAAGGUAGUAGGCGAAGGAAAGGAAGGGCCCCGAGGAGAAGAUUGGAUGGGUUGGCCUCCAGGAUAAGUAGACCGGUUUCAGAAUGGUUUGGUUGAAACAUGCAACAUCCUGUUGAUCUUUAAACGUCGCCUUCUCUGGUGGGUUCAGAGCAGCCUACAGCCAUGUUUUCUGUAAAGUACCAGAUCUUCAAAGCACAUUCCCUUCCCCACCCAAAAUAAUAAAAAAGGGAACUAUGGGAACUGUAGUUUGCCCAUCCCAGGCCUGUAAUUCACAACACCUUAAACGACAGUUCCCGGGAUUCUCGUGGUCUGACGUGGCUAUGGUUGGGUAGGUUGAGGUUAGGAAAGCGGGUAAAAUAAAUUCUUCCCAUAUUCCCAAAAUAAAGCUCUCAAUACAUAGCUUUGUUCUGUUCACCUCAGUCUCCCAGUUCUCAGGCUCUAAAUUAUGCAACUGAAAUGAACACAAGUGCUCAAACAAACCCAACAACACCCAGGACUCCCUAUGAAAAUUGUGCAUUUGUGGUUUAGCGGUGCAGUCUAGCUGGUGGAGUUAUUGGGCACUUGCAGAUAGUCACUUUUUGGGGAUGGGAGCCAAUAAAGUACUUGCAAAUUCAGGCUUUGACACUUGCGUGUGACCAGAGUCCUUGCCCCACCAAAACAGGACAUUUUGCAAUGAGGAAAGUGACAGGAAAAUGCACUGGAAAGUGGGGUUAACAAUUUUCUGAUACAACAGCCCGAUUCACUGGCAUCAUCUAACCUCCCCACAAACUUUAUUCAAAGAAUUUGGGGUAAAUUCUCAAUAAAUAGGCCAUCGGGAAAUGACCAAAGUAGGAAGUGGAAAUGGCAACACAAGAGUUCUGUAACAAUGAGGCCCAGUCUCGGAUGGUGAAAAGGCAGAAGACGCUAAAGAUUGUUCAAAGAUUUUAUAGAUGAGUUAGGUGGGAUGGGGAAGCCGCAUAGUUUGGCUCAUUGGAUACAAGCCAAUUUCUUCCUCUUUGAAGCUGCUUACAGUGACUGUUGUGUUGAUAUGCAUCAGAUAGAAGUGGACUAUUGCUCAUAGGCUGACAACUGCUUUAAAAAAAGCAAUUUCCCCUCUUUGGGACGAUUUUCUUAAAUGACCAUUUUGGAUGUUGGAAAGGAAUUUCUCUACUGCGCUCACGUUUGUAAUUUUGAAAAAAAAAAUGGAAUGAGAAGAAUGUUUUAAAAGAUAGUGUAGGCAUCCCCUGAGAGGGUGUUUUUAAGAAUCUGGGAGCACAAGAAUGUGGCUGGAGAAUUAGAGUUUGGUUUGGAAAUUGGAGAGCUUGUUGGAGGAGAACCAAAGGGUCACUUUCAGGUGUUGUAAUUUCUAGAAGGUGGAAUUUAUUGUAGAAAAAGAGCAAAAGGGACCAAGCUGUGUCAUGCCUUUAAAAGAUUAAUGAUUAGUGUUCCUCAGAACAGAACCAUAUCUGUGCAAAUAACAUUGUUUGUCUUACUGGUAGGAAGGCUGUUAUAAAUGGUCAAGGUUUAAGCUGCUAAAAGUAUGUGACCAUUCUAGUCUGAGGUAACUGGGCCUAGGACAGCAAUGUUAUUGUGACCUCCCUUCUCCUUUUCAGCAAUGUGGAAAUGAAAAGGAGUGGGGUAUCCACAGACAAGAUAGGUGUUUCUGUAUGUUUGGAGGGCUCUUCAUGGGGGGAUGGGGAUGGGACGACUUACAUUGAGCAUUGUGUAUGCGCAAAAUCCUCCCCUAUAAGCAGAGCAUUAGAAAAAUCGAAAGCAAAUCUCCCGAGCAACAACCUAGUUCUAAGGUAAGAAGAGAAAAGCUAGACAGCCUGCUCACUACCUCCAGCUGAGGUAGCCUUUUUAUCCCCAAACUGCCAUCACAGGCUAGCGAAAAGCCAUUUUUCCCUGAAGAGAGGACAGAGAAACCUGUCAGUUAACCUGAUUGAAGAGAGCAGCAUGAAAAUAUCAGGUAACAACAAGGAACCAAGCUGCUGCUUAGCAAACAGUUUAUUGUUUGUUCUGUUUAUUGUAUGCUCACAGUGGAAAGGUGUGAGGUCAAAUUUUCUCUUCCUCCCAAGAGCUUUCCCAGGCAGCACACAGAGGAGAUGCUCUGCAAGGAGUUCCUUGCUCCACUUUGUGGGCUAACCCAGAAAUAUUUCUCGUCUGUAGCUUUCUGAUGUCAAGAAAAUACCGUAAACAACUAUAUGGCUUUUAGAAGACAUCUGAAGUCAGCCCUGUUUAGGGAAGUUUUUAAUAUUUGAAGUUUUAUUCUGUUUUGAAUGUUCUGUUGAAAGCCGCCUAGAGUGGCUGAGGUAGAAAUAAUCUCUUAUUUAUUUAUUUAUUUGCUGUCUGCACAACCUGCACCUCACUUUUGAAUACAGAGUACUUAUUAAUCUUCCCUCCCUGCACUCUUUCACUCAAGUUGGGGACCAGCUGGCUCAUCAAGCCCUGAAAUCUCCCCCCUUCCCACCUCAGUGUUACAGGCACUUUAGCACUCAAAUUCAGGGCUGCUGAUGCAGCAUGGGAAGCGGAGCUUGUAAGAAACAACAACAAAAUUUCCCCAUACUGUACUGCUCAGGUUGAGGACUACAGCUACCAGGGCCGCCUUACCCAUAGGCACUAGGGGUGUGGGGUGCCGGGCUCUCAGGGGUGCCAGACCAAGAGUCUGGGGUCCGAGAGUUGAGUCCGGGGAAGAGCCCGCCCAUUGGUUGGAGCGCCGCGGCAGGCUCUUCUGCUGCGGGUGGCUCUGCGUCACGAGUUUCAGGGUGACUGAGCCAGCAAGACACUGAGACGGCCGGCUCCACCCUCCUGCAUGCCUGGGACUGAGCAACUGGGGGGGGGGGGGCAGGUGGAUCUUUGCACCCCGGCGACGCAUAUGCUUCAGACAGCCCUGACAGCCACUGAGCUAGCCUUCCCCAGAUAUUUUAAUGGCUUGAAGCAGCUUCUCCUAAUUUACCUGAACUGUUCUGUGCCAAAUGAAAUACACUUCAAAGAAACACAGUGGACGCUUGGGUUGCGAAUGUGAUCCGUGUGGGAUGCACAUUCGCAACCCACAUCUGCGCACGCGCGGGUUGCGAUUCAGCGCUUCUGCGCAUGCGCAACCGCCGAAACCCGGAAGUAACCCGUUCUGGUACUUCCGGGCUUCGACGGUCCGUAACCUGAAAAAACACAGCCUGAAGCAUCUGAAACCUGAGGUAUGACUGUACUUUGGUUAGCUCCUGGCAAGACUUGUAUGCACAGGAUUUUCAGUGAGUAGCUAAGUUCAGAUUCUUGGAAUGUUAAAAAAAGUGUGUGGGGUAGGGAGUCGCAGCACAGUAAAGAAAACACAUAAUGGCACAAGAUUGCUUUUUUGUUUUGGCUGCUCCUUUGGAAUUUGUCUGAUAGGAAAAGGCUCGUUUUUCAAGGUCGUUUGCAAGGGAGUUUGUCUAGGCUCGGUAAGCAAAGAGAGGGAAAAGUCACAUUGAACUUUCCCAGGUUUUUAUUCUGAGGAGCCUGGGAAGCGACUCUUACAUUUCUGAAUAUUUGCCUGAAUUGUUUGGUUCAUGUUCUCCAGGCCUGUUAGCUCCUCUCUUCCCACCCUGUCUUUUAAAAAAGAAAUCCUAACUUUUUAAUUAUCCAAAAUGUAACAGUACAACAAAAUCGGCAUUCUAAAACAGUUGGUUAAUCCUGUCUUUCUUUCCCAGGAAGUCCCAAGUAUGUAAGACACAAUUGUCUAAAUUUACAAGUAGGACAUGAGGCAAAGGAGAUGAGUAAACAAAACAAUAAUGGUUCUCUUCUACACUCAGUUUAUAUGAAAACUGCCCAAGCUGCUGCUACAAACUCUUAAGUUUUUAUUGAAAUCCAAAUGGAGAGCAGAAAGUAGUUUAACCAGGUAUAUGUAGACAGUCAUCCCAGAAAAUAUAAACUGUAUACCAAGAUGUGUAUGCUGUUUACCAAUUUGUGGUUUUUGUUCAUUGAUUUGAAUGUCAUGCAUUUAAUGUAUAAGCUUCUCAACCAAACAGGAUAAAUAAACAGAUUCAGAAAAUAAGCCAGAUACUGUACUCAGAAGUUACACAGAAACUCAACAAUUGCACAAUGAUUUCUGCAACAAUUUAGCUGUGGAGAAAUUGUUUCUGGUAGUGUGGAGCUUCCCUGGAACUUUUACAAUUCAUUUAAGCUUCUUGAUGUACAUUAUAUUUUAAUGUACAGUACAUAUAAGACAAACAGAAAGACAAACAGUUUCACACAGAAAUACACAGCAGAUGUAUUUGGCCAGCAGAUUUGUGUCUGCCUGCACAUUCAGGGCAAGGCAAGGCUCUUGUGCCUUUAAAAUACAAUGAAGGCAGAAGAUUUGUAGUUUAUUCCUGCUGCAGUGAUGCAAGAACUUAUUAGGAAAAAAAUUCCUUCUAUCAACUGUGUUGGAAAAGGGGAGUCCCUAUGUGUACUGAGUUAGAUGUUAAUCCAUCAGAAUGGUCCUGCUCAAUUUAGCUUCCUUUGUUGAAUAACGGUCUUCUUUCUGUUUCUUGUGUUGGCAGACAUGAUGUUAGAGGACCUAACUUCUCAGCUGUUCUCUAUGCACUCUGGCGCUUUGGCCUUGCCGAGUUCCGUGGGGACUCUGUGAUGUUUGGAAGGGUGAGAGAUGAUUAUCUUAUUGAUUUUUGACUCCUCAUCUGAUACAUUGUGUUGAGCAGCUACGAGGCCUGAUGGAGACUAAAACAUAUGUCUCUUGAGGCCUGUUAAAGUGGGAGGUGGUAUGGAGGCCCAGUACUGUAUAUCUUUAGGGUCUACCCUCUCCCACUCUCUCUUUUGCUUUACACAUUUUUUAAAAUGUAAAUCUUUCUCAGUUUACUUGAACAAUAACAGUGGUGUCCCCAUAUAUUAUUAAUUCAUCCAUUUCAGCUCUUUAGACAGCAAAAUCAACUUGUUUGACUGUACCAUGUCAAAAAAUUAUGGUUCCUUUUUGCAUUCUUGGGAAGGAAGAAACCAAGCCACCCUUGUACCCAGAUUUUCUGUGAGAGGGAAGCCUCAGAAGCCACAAGCCCACAAAAACUAAAGGAACACAGAAUUCACGCAGUUAAUUUACUGGCACCUGUCAUUGACACAUUUCAAGGCUGUUAAUUGGAAAGAGCCUCUGAUUGAGACUCCAGGAAGCAGCUACCAAAUAGUGUAGACAGGGCUGAGUCGAAUGCACUGUUGUUCUCACUUGGCAUCCGGCAAUUCCUUCUAUACAGGACACAGGCUGGCUGGCCCAACAAUUUUUUCCAUUCUCGAGUCUGCUUCUCCCUUAAUUGCUGUGCUAAACUCUUUUCCAUUGAGCAAGAAGCUGCCAAAAGCAGAACAAAGAAAGUAUAUGCAAAUCAGUAAUUUAUACAAGUAGCUGUACUUAGAUUAUUUGACACGGAAUCAGAGUUAAUCUUGCUGCAAAAGUCUUGGAUUUGUUCUUGUUUGUUUUAAACCAGAGAGGAUACGCAGCCCUGAACACAAGUUUCCAUCUAGUAUGUAGAGAUGGGUUCUACUGAAAAUAUCCCCCAAUGGUGGGGCACUUUGAGAAGGCUCCUUCUGAAGUUGGAUUGUAUUGAAUCCAAAGUAUGACCCAUUAUGAACUCCCUGCUUCCUGCUAUGAACUUUAUUCUCAGAGUCUUCCAAUUGUUCAUGGUCACUACACUUUGUUCCCCUUGUGUAGGUAAAGAAAAAAGUAAAGUUUACUGAUCAGUACUGGAGACCAAGCUAUGAUGCUGGAGAUCAGCCUAACCAGGACCAAAGCCCAGGUGCUGCCCCACCUCCUCGCAGGUCACGUGCUAAGGACAGGUAACGAAGGAGAUGAUGAAGACUUAAAAGACUGGGAUUGUGUGUGAGCACAACUUUCUAGCACUCUGCAUUUCAGAGAUAGGUCUUUGCAUUCCCCGAGUCCCCAGUCCUACCACAUAACUGAAAAUCGGGCUGGGGUUGGCCCUUGUUUUCAGAAUCUUUGGAAUCUUCAUCUUUAUUUAAGAAAACAUUUUCGGCCCUCUUUGCUGUGGAAAUAAACUUGAAAACAUAAACUGUGAGCUCACUCUGACUAGCUCACUAGGGGUAGAUAAUCAGAAUCCAUUUAGCCCCUUAUUCCUCACGUAUGGCUAGAGCAAGUGCAAUAAAUUAUGGGAAAUGCAAAUGUCCUUAAUUUACAUAGUGCAGGGUAAGUUAUUUAUAUUUGCAUGGAAUUUGGAUUUGUGUAUGUGUGUCAUAGUAUACAUGCAGCCUUGCGGAUGUGGAAAAAGAAUUCUGGUCUUUGUCUUAACUCUCACAAAAGCUAGGCAGAUCAGGGGGCUCAAUACAGUCUUGCAAGAAAAUAAAAUUUGAAAGCAACAUUUUAAAUCCAAGAUUCUCAAGAAGCCAGUCACAUUGCCAAUAGCAGGGGCAUUCCCAGGGGCCCCUCAGCUGAAGGUCUUAUGAAGACAGAAGGGCCUUCACAAGUAUCCUGUCCUAAACUUCCAAGGCCUUUGAAUGUAAAAAGCCAAUAAUGACUCAGUACUUCAAAUUGGAUCCACUGUGCUGUAGAGGCAAAAUAUGAUAAUAAUAUCCAGUCCCGCUUAGUGCUGGAUGAAUUUGUUAGAUUACUAACUGUACUUUCGAGCAGCCUUCAGAGACAUGCACAACACUACCGUAGUCUAACCUGGAGAAAAUUUUGGCAUGGAUAAGUGAUGUCAGACUAUCUGCUGCUGUUUGUUUGUUUGUUUGUUACAUUUUUAUCCCACUCUUUCCGCAAGGAGCUCAGGGUGGCAUACAUAGUUCUCUUCCCCAUUUUGUCCUCACGACAAUCUUGUGAGGGUAGCUAAGGCUGAGAGCCAGUGACUGGCCUGAGGUCACUCAGUGAGCUUCAGGGCUGAGUGCAGAUUUGGUUGGCAUUAAAAAGUGUUGCUGUAAUGGGUUCAGUUCCUCUUUUUGAUACUGGGUCAUUAUAUCUACUUCCUGCUGUACAAUAAUGUUAGAAUAUCAUUGAUACCCUCUGAAUAACUCCACAUCAGAACAUGGGGCAUUAUCUCGGAGCAAUUGCAGAUGUGUAUAUAGGAUAGAAUAUUUUAGGAACUUGUUACUCUGCUGUUUCAAUUCCCUAGAGCCGAAUUGGUCUCCAAGAAGCAUGGAGUGGACAUUGUUUCGAGUUGUGAUGGGGAGAAUGGUAAAAUCAGUUUGCAUGUGUCUCGAAAUGAAGUAAAGAAUAUUGUAAUAGAGGUACAAAAUAAUGGAGAAAAUGAAGUGACGCUGUCGAGUUUCAGAAAACUACGUGGACGUCGUGAAUUUAUCUUUUCUUAUAAACAGCUACCUGUGAAAUUACAGCCAGGUAACUUAUGUGCUUAUUUGUUGAAAUGUAUUGGUUAACCCAUUGAAGGGGAUUAAAUUGGGUAACCACGAGAUAUGUAAAAUAUCUCACUACCGUCCAAUUAAAUAGUUGCAAAAAUAUUGUUGAAACCCCUUAAAACCCCAAAGGUCAGCUCAAAAAGUUUUUCCAUUCAUGUGGAAUAUGCUCAAACUUGGACUUUAGUGAGCCUCCAAGGGAAAGUAGUGCCAGUGCAGAGACAACCAACUUACAAAUUAUUCAAGCAACUUCUCACCCAAACUGAAAGGACUUCUCUAGCACAAAAAGCAUAUAAGCCUUUUAUAUUUAUUAUUUUACUAGAAAUCCGGAAUUGUCAUUGAUAUAUAUUAACAGUAUUGUUGUUGAUAUAUAUUUUCUUGGAAAUUUGAGAGUAUGUCACUAAAUGGGUGCUGGUGGGUGCAGGGCAGUGUCUGAAAUGUCAUUGAAGAUGAAUUGAGGGUCAGUUUGAGUUAGACCCUGAUUCAGUUUGCUGCGGUCUGUGGUUUGGCUUGGGGUCCAAGGCAAAAUCUACUUCAGAAAAACUAAGCUUAAUUCUUCCCCCUUUUCACUAUAUGGAUUUCACCCUUUUUUUACCUUUUGACAGAAGUGGAUGAAAUUUGCAGGCAUAGUAACCCUUCUGAGUGGAUAAAGCCUACCAGAUAAUAGAGAUAUAGAUUAUGGGGAUUUUGUGCUGGGCAUAUUUUAAAAUUUAUAUAUUUUUCUCCCUCCUGAGGGGAUGAAUCCUGCCAAAUUACAGAAGGAUAAGGGCAGCCUUUACUGUUUGGAAGAGUUACUCUCUCCUAACAUUAUUUGGGCAGUUGUUAUGAAAAUUAACAGAUAUGAGAGGUAUCCCUAGGUAAGAAUCCUGCCAAAUUGCAGCCAAAUAGGUUGAAGGUUUUUGCUAUGCACUUUUUAAAGUUGGUGGGGAGGUGCUUAUUUAAAAUUGGUGGGGAAAACAAAAAGGGUCUUGUUCUUUUUUGGAAACAAUUUUUCCCUCAGUUUCAUGGAAUUGAAACCACCAUGGUAGUGAAAGGGAAAAUCUGAUCAAAACUAUGUGGAGAAACCCUAUUGGCUGCCCCUCGUCCUCCUCCAGAAUUAAAAAAAAAAAUUAAAUUGUUUCCUAUCACUACCUUUAAGAUGACACAUAAAAGCACAAAAAAAAAAAUUCCUAGCAUGUUUUGUGUGUGUUCAAGAAGCAAAUAUUUUAUAUUCUGCUAGAUGAAAUAUAAAAUAAGUUACCACAAACCAUUAACAUUUUCUGUUUACUUGAUACAUUUUAAAACCAGAUGAUCUGUUAACAGUUAAUAAAUUGCAUUACAUAUUCUGGAGGGCAUGUAUCUCAGUCCCCUGAUUUCAGAUAUUGUUGUUAGGAAUUACACUAGAAAGACUGAGAAACAGGCACCCUCCUCCCUCCUCAUAGCUUGUACUGUUAAGGGGCUUUGUUACUUUCAGGAGAAACGUAUAGGAUCCGAGUGCGCUGUGAGACAAAGGACUACGGAUACUUUCCUGUCACCAUGAUGUUUGAUUUUGAUAGUGCACAGACUGGACGCUUCAUCAUUGGACGUUUCAUGUCUGCUGUUGCUCACAGUAAAUUAGAAGAACAGCUGGCUCCCUCAGCACCUUACAAGCCAUACCAAGCCAAACUGCACAAGCCACAGGAAGUUGAGAUAGUGGAAGGCAUUGCACCAAAAAAGUAUGUGGGGAUUCUGUUAGUGUUAUGUUCUCUUGCUUCCUUCUUUGUCCAACCACUUCUCAAAUUUAUACUCUUUAAGAACUCUGUCCUUAACCAGUCUUGCUGUCUCCUAGCUGUUUUUCUCCUGCCAUCCCAACACUCCUUCCUUCCUUCCUUCCUUUGAAUUACUCAGUCUCUUAAGUUUUUCCUUUCUGAUGUCUUUCCCAGCUGAUGUAGAUACUUAAAACUCUCAACUUGACGCUGCACAGCACCUAGCUUUCUAUCAGUGCUAAAUAAAUACACUGGAAGUCGAACAGAAUCCGUUCUGGAAGUCUGUCCGACUUCCAAAACAUUCAGAAACCAAAGUGCAGCUUUUGAUUGGCUACAGGAAGCUCCUGCAGCCAGUCGGAAGCCGCAUCAGACGUUUGGGUUCCAAAGAACAUUCACAAACCGGAACACUCACUUCUGGGUUUGGGAGCCAAAACGUAUGAGUACCAAGGCAUUCAGGAGCCAAAGUAUGACUGUAAUAGGCAACAUCUGAGUUGUUGCAUGGAGCUGGACUUCAGAUAGAGUUAGACCUCUUGCUUGUUUAUGUCCUUCCAUAAGCAUUCCGAAGUCUUCACCUCAUUCUUUCUCCUAAAUCUUCCUUGAGAUAAGUCAUUCAUGAACUAUCUAGGUGGGGGAUUGAUUGAUUCAUGCAUGUGUAUGUAGCUCAGAGCUUUCCAAACUUUUCAUGUUGGUGACACAAUUUUUAGACAUGUAUCAUUCGCAAUACAGUAAUUCAGUUUUACUAGCAAACCAGAGGUUAAACUAACUUCUUUCCAGCCCCGGGAGGAGUGCGGGGAGUGUUCACGUGACACACCUACACACUGCAGCCGACACAUUAAUGUGCUGCAACACACAGUUUGGAAAGCUCUGCCUCAGCCACUUCUCAUCCAGUGAGACUCAAACAUGUAGAUGGCAUCCGCAGAAAGGGAUAAUAUUGUGUCUGAAAAGUCAGGUGAAAUUUUAACUUGUGUAUUGAUACAUUUUUUUUUAACCAAUAUUUGCUCUCAAAGCAGCUUACAAUGAAAAUGCACAGAAAGGUACAAUUAUAAUACAGAUAAAUUUUUAUGGCUAUCUCUUCUAGUCUCUGUCAGUUGAUGGCAUUGUCCAUAUUCCAGGCUCUUCCUACAAUGGGAGGGAGUCGAAGGAGCUGCUGCUUGUAAAUAUACCACCUCACAUCCAAUUAUCUGCAUCACUGCAUAUCAAAGCACUGUCUAUAGUGUUUGAUCCAUGGUUAUUGUUCCACAAAUGCUAGGAACCACUUGGUAUAAUCAUCAAGAGGUUGACAUGCUUCUGUGAAUUUGGCCAUCCAUGUAGAGCUUUGAGAGUUUCCUGGAUCUUCCUUGCAAUUGCCCAUUCUGGGAAUUUGUGGGGCAUUGUUGAACUUGCAAGUAAAGGUUGCAGACUGCCUACAGGGAGACUGUGCAGAACCUAAUGUUCUAUACCAGGGAUCAGCAACCUUUGGGGGCCUAUGAGCACAUCUGCAAAUUGAGGAAACUGUCACAGCCGCUGCUCAUGCCACAAGCACUGCAGCUGCACACACGUACUUACUGGUUGCUCUAGCAGUCAGGAGACUCCUGAGGAGUAGACAAGUGCAAACAGAUGCAAUUAAUUGACUUGCCUCCCAGCCCACAGACUAGAUAGGAGGGCUUCUGCAGGACAGCAGGCCAAACAUAUAAGGGUCAACACCAAAGGGAGGUGGUGGGUCACCAGAGGGUGAGAGUGCCACGCCCUUUGACUUUGUAUCGUUGAAUUAAUUCUCCUGUGAGAGAAAGUGAAGUAUUGCUCGGUGGUAACUGGAAUUGUUUGCUUGCUGCUCAGAUUGACAGCUUACAUGCUAUACGGGAGUUAGCAUUGCUACAACUGGGGGUUGUCCUGUUACACGUGACAUUAAUCAAUAAAACCUUGCACUGCUUUUUACCCCUCUAGCACUUUGAACUAUGACCUUGAGCAAAAAAUACCUCUGCAGCACUACAACUACCCAAAAGACCUGAAGGAUCAGGUAGAAUGCAUGAAUAAAGGUGACGCACCCAAAGAUGGCACCCGUGAGAAGAUUGCACAGCUCAGGUAAGACCGCCCCCCUCCUCCAAUGUUUCUUCCCUUAUUAAGCGCAUAUUGCUAUAUUUUUACAAACUGUUAAACAGUGGAACAAACUCCCUUGGAAGGUGGUGGACUCGCCUGCCUUAGAGGUUUAUAAGCAGAAGUUGGAUGGCUCCCUGUUGGGGGUUCAGUGCAUUUCCUGGUUUGGGAUGCUGCUGCAGUAGUCGAUUUCCUGCAUUGACCGGAAGUUGGACCAGGUAACCGGUGAGGUUCCUUCCAACUUCAUGAAUUGAGAAGGUUAAAUUUGAUUUGAUACUAUGAUUCAUUUCCAUAGGAGCGACCUGAAAGCUGCCUUGCAGUUUGACAACUACAGUAAGAAGUUUCAUCUGCUCCUUUACCUAGAGGAGAUCCAGAUGGAGGUGGACAUUCAUCGAUACGAUCAGUCCGAUGUUUGCAUGGAAGCAGACAAGAAUAGUCCGUUUCUUGUCCUGACGGUAAGCAGCAGACAAAGAGUUCUCUUAGAGAAGAGAGUUUCUCAUAUUGUGUGAAUCAUAUGUAGCAGUUAGAUCAGGGAUGUGGAUUGGGCUUUGGGUUGCAUGUAGUGUGGGUUGGGGCACUUGCUGGCAGGCCUGGGCUCCUCUCUCCUACCAUCCACACUAAAACACACAACCUUCCCCCUCCCAGCACAUUAAGAUCCCAGCGCCUCUCCACUGAUGGACACUAGGAGGAGCUGAGGAAUACCCUAAUGUGCACUCCUCAGCUGUUUCCAGUACCUGGGGAGGUGAGAGGAGAUCUCAAGGACUUCAUGGUGCCCCUUUCCUUUGGUGCUGAGGAGGAACAUGCCAAUUCAGUGCUGAGCAGUGAAGAGAGUGGUAGAGGUGAACCAGUUGGAGAGCAGGAAGGGGGCAAGCAAGUCAAAUGUAGAAGUCAGCUGAGGAGGCACCAAUGGAAAGGACCAGAUUGUGUGCAAGAUGCCGCCUUCCCCUCUUCAGGUAGUUAUUGGGAGCAUGAAGUUAAAAGGGCAUGGUUGCCUCUCAGACUGGGUUCUGUUUUCUGCUCUAGGCACCUGGUGUGGCCGAGAACCGCCCAUCAGUCCUGAGAGGUGAUCAUAUUUUAGUAACAUUGGCUGAAGAACGCAAACGGCACCCGAUUGUCCAAUACAAGGGCUAUGUCCAUGCUGUGGAAUGGGAUAAACUCAAGCUGGGCUUCUCUGACAGGUGAGUCCUCCGGCCUGAGGCUUUGUUUAGACCUCCUUCCAUUGAAAAUGGAAUUAAGAUUUCCAACUCAGGUGUGGCUACUUGUAAUUUUGUGUUUGUGGACAUGUAGCAGAUGUAAUUCACAACAUUGCAGAACCUGCUCUGCCUUUCUUCAUCACUUGGCUGUUAAAAGCAAAGGGAUAUCCUUUGGGUCAGGAGCUGUCAAACCAAGAUUUUCACUUGCUAGAGACACCAUCAGAUGGACAAAACUCAAGAGAUGCAAUAUUGUAGGCAGGCAAAAGAAAGAAGGGGAAGCAAAGUCCAGGAGGUUGGUAGACAGUAUUGGAAAGCAAAUUCAUUAGUUCCAGCAGGUCAGGUGGGACCAGCAGAUGAAGUGGAGCAGUUCUGGUCUGUGGCCUUUUGAAGAAUGGCUGAAGCGGGUUGGGGGUGGGAUUGCCCUGAAGGUUAAGGGGGAAAUGGAAGUAGUUGAAAGGGAAAGGGAAGCAGUGUAGUUGGAUAGUUUGACUUUAUGAUUGGCCUGAAUUGGCAGCAGGUGGCUCUCAAGCUGAUGGAUUCAGCAGGUGGUAUUGUGUGGGGGAAGGGUAUGUAAGUUGGAGCUAGAAAGGUUGGUGGAAAUUGGUAGCCUGCAAGAGUGACCUGAGAUCAGCGAUGCCCAGAGCUUGUUGGUAAUUUAUUCAGCACCCUUUCCUUUUCCCAGGUUGACAUCUCGCUUCAUCAAUAAAAUGAAGUUUGAUGUGAACUUCACCUUCUGUCGUCUGCCGUUACGAGUCCAGCAUCGUGCCGUUGACCUUGCCCAAGAGACGCAACUUCAGAACCUGCUAUUCCCAUCUUUCUCACUGGGACAUUCUCUACUCACUGCCGGUCAGCUGCUCAAGUGAGUGUAUGGAAAGGAAGCAGGGAGAGAUUGGAAGUGGACAAAGGUCCCUUUCUGCCAUGGAAAUGCCCUAACUGUAUGGAGGUCUUAGAGCUGAGGGUUCAUAUGAGUAUGUGGUAUGAACGUGCCUUUUUACUUUCUCUUUGCCCUGCGCUUUGGUACCUCUUCUUUUUUCUCACUCACUCUUCCCACUCACUCUUUCAGAUUAUAUGACCGGAAUCUGGAGAGCAACCAAGAGCAAGUGAAAGCUGUCUAUCAGGUGGUAGCAGGCAUGUCCAGACCAGCCCCGUACCUUAUAUUUGGGCCACCAGGUACGGGCAAGACAGUCACUAUGGUGGAGGCCAUUAAUCAGGUGAGGAGAGAACUUGAUCACUGUGAUUAGAUUAGCAUUGAGUAUACAGUGGUACCUCGGGUUACAGACGCUUCAGGUUACAGACUCCGCUAACCCAGAAAUAUUACCUCGGGUUAAGAACUUUGCUUCAGGAUGAGAACAGAAAUCGUUCAGCGGCGGUGCAGCAGCAGCAGGAGGCCCCAUUAGCCAAAGUGGUGCUUCAGGUUAAGAACAGUUUCAGGUUAAGAACAGACCUUCAGAAUGAAUUAAGUUCUUAACCCGAGGUACCACUGUACUAUUAAAUGCGGGAGAGAAAUAGACUUGCUUAAGAGUAUUGAAAUGAUGGAACCGGGAUACUCACCUAAUUCAAGAGUCUUGCAGAAACCUAACUGGUUUGUUAUCAUCCCCAUCUUGCAUCCUGCAAGUCUGGACCAGUCUCAGGGUAACUCUUGAGCCCUCUAAAUGCUACCGUUCCUUAUAAGCCUGGAAGUGUUUUCUUUGGCUGGUCACCAGUCCCCCAGUAUUAUUUCCCUAUUCUACUCAGGUACUAAAGCAUGUUGAGGGUUCCCACGUGCUUGCCUGCGCCCCCUCCAACAGUGCCUCUGACCUGCUCUGUCAGCUCCUCCUGAAACAUGUGGACAGCAGGAAAAUCUACAGGAUGAAUGCUAGCAGCAGGGAUUACCGCAGCAUCCCUGAGAAUAUCAAGGUAUAUACUAGUUCCAUGUGUCCAAGCUAAAUGUUCUGUCCUACCUAGGGUUCUUUAUUCACUCCUCUCAGGGUAGUAAGCUUGUAGUACCCUCUUCCUCCUUGGAUACAAGGUGAACAAGGAUGUUGCUAGAGCCCAGCUUAUGCCUAAUACCUGUUUUUGCUUAUAGCAUGUCUGUAACUGGGACAAGAAACUGGAUUCUCCCGUCUUUCCUAGCAGGGAGAUUCUAGAAAACUACCAAGUGAUCAUCACCACCCUGAUAACAGCAGGAAGGUAAGAAGGCUCAGAUAUCAUUCAGAAAUGACAAAUGUGAAUAGGUGAGAAGUGAAAAUCUGUAUGUGUUUGCAUAUGUAGUGGGGAAGACAUAAUAUGUUUAGACGGAAAACUGUUUUGUUACCAUUGUUGCCACAAAAUUUUAAAUAAACCCUUUCACAUUCUCUUUGCCAGUCACCACUGAAGGAGAUGGAAUACAUAAAUACAUACAUCAUUUUAUUUGUGUUCCGCCUUUCCUUAGUUAAAACCAUGCUCAAGGCCACUUACAACAUAAAAAGUUACAUAAUUACAAGCAUAAAGUAGUCCUAAGCAAUAAAUAAACAUUGAAAAAUACACAACCACGUUAAACAUUUCCACAUGAAUCAUAAUAAGAUCUAAAAUAAAGAUAGAAAAAAUAAUCAAUAGCAGCAGCAGCAGCACCCCCUAAAAAAAAUCCCUAAAUAACAGCCCUCGGGUAUUGCAGCUGGCGUAAGUCAGGACUUUGCCCUCCCAGGCCAGGUGGAAAUGGUCUGCAAGGAAGGGAGCAGGUAUUCCAGGACUCACAGCCAAGAUGGUCUUUAUUAGCUAUUUUUGAGAGAAAAUGUUUUAGUUGUCAGUUGAUGCAAUUCACCAAGACACCAAUCUGAAGCACAAUUCUUUCUUCUGGGCAUGUUACAUUGCUAUCUGUGAAACCUAAAACCAGAGUUAAGACCAUAGUGACACAGCUGCUACUGAAGGCCCUGGUUUAGUACUCAGGACGCCACAUAACUGCUGUUUGCCACCAUGUGAAUGGAAUCCAGACCAAAACAGAAAUGGCAUUUUUGGUGGCAGCCAUGUUACAUAGAAUCACAGACUUGGAAGGGACACCAAGGGUCAUCUAGUCUGCCCUGCAGUGCAGGAAUCACAGCUAAAGAAUCGGUGACAGAUGGCCAUCCAACCUCUGCUUAACAACCUCCAAUGAAGGAGAGUCCACUUUCCAAGGCAGUCCAUUCCACUGGCGAACAGCUCUUGCCAUCAGAAAGUUCUUCCUAAUGUUUAUUCGGAAUCUCCUUUCUUGCAAUUUGAACCCACUGAUUCUGUUCCUACCCUCCGGGACAUCAGAAAACAAGCUUCUUCCUCCAUCUUCCCGUGUGACUCCUCUGUUAAACUGCCACUUGAUGUGGUUGUCCUCUAGCUGGGAAGUCAGAUAUCCUCCCUGUGCUCCCUUUUGUUUCUCCUGGCUAGGGUGGUCUAUGCUCAGUUCCCUCCGGGACACUUUACUCACGUCUUCAUCGAUGAGAGUGGUCAUGCUGAGGAACCUCAGAGCCUGAUUGCCAUUGCAGGUACGUUUUCUACCCUGAAAAGGAUUGUCAUUUCUGUGGGAAACGUUUUUUUUUUAACAUACUGGUUUUUAAUGGAACAGAAUGCAAACUUUCAUUUUAUUCACUAAACUGACAGGGUUCAUUGUGGGGCAAUUGCCUUGUCAUGUAUGUUCUCGCUAGCAUGUUUCACUAUGUUCAGCCCCCAGAGUUCUGGAAGGCCCUGAAUCGAAAUGUUUCUUCCUAAAACGUCCUUCACUCAUUUUAAACAGCAUUUAGCUUAUCUUGUUUGCUUUCUGUAUUUGCUUCCGCUGUUGAUGAUCAGGCUGCCUUUCCCAAAACACAUUCCAGGUCUAGUUAGUUCUGCGUUUCUAAACCUUAUUCUGCUUUAGGGGAAAGCAGAUUAACGUUCAAGCCCCAGGACUCUGGUUAUGGACCAGACUGAGCAAAUGGCUAGAGCCCUGUCUUUUUCUCCUCUUCCUUUAGGCAUCCUAGCCAUGAUGGACCCAAGGACUAAUGCUAAAGGAGGUCAGCUGGUUUUGGCAGGUGAUCCCCAGCAACUGGGACCAAUCCUGAGGUCUCCUCUGGCUAAGGAGCAUGGCUUAGGUGAGUAAGGAGCAGGUAGCAAUUUUUUAAAAACCCACUGACAUGUAUUUUAUUUUAUUUUGCUUUGCGUGGCAUUUCAUGCAAGUUGAGGUAUCUGUUCUUAAGGUUAGGAGGAGGAGGAGGAGCAUAAAUCAUUUGAGCUCUGUGCUGAAAUCUUCCUAGUGGGUUUUUAAGUGGGCAAUGGUUGAUUCGACCAAAGGAGUCUCUGUGCGGACUCCUCCCUUGUUGAACAGUCUGCUUCUAGGCUCGAUUCAUGCAAUGCCAGCAAUACAGUUGUUGCAGCGGAUGCAACCCAUGUGGCAAGUUGAGGAAGAACCAAGGCUCAGUGAUAAGAGAAUGGGGGUUGCCUGCAGAAGGUUCCAGGUUCAAUCCUUGGCAUCUCCAGAUUAGGGCUGGGAAAGACGCUUGCCUGAAAUGUGAGAGAGCUGCUGCCAAUCAGUGUAGACAGUGCUGAGCUAGAUGGACCCUUGGUCCAGGCUCAGUAAGAAGCAGCUUCCUUGGUGCUUCUUGAGCUGUUUCUGCAAAACUGCACCAUACAGCUGGCAAUUAUGUUAAGUGCAUAAACAAAACAUUCUGAAACCGAGAGAUUUUUGCAAGUUGACUCAAAUUAUGGGAGCGUGCUUCACACAAAUGGCUUGCCCCUCUUGAGGUUGCACCUGCAUCGUUCUUGUUCUUAGCAGCAACUGUGCUGCAGGACAGGCGCAUGAAUUGGGCCUUAGCUCUGUUCUGAAAAAGGGUUUAGAAAAGGAUAGAUAAGAGAGUUCCCAGCCCCAGUCCCUUGCAUUCAUUUGGAAGCUCUGAGCAGCAUCUCGGCUCUUAUAGGACUUUCCCUGCUGGAGCGGCUGAUGCAUGAAAACUCACUGUACGAAAAGAAGGAUGGGAGCUACAAUCCACAGUUUGUCACUAAGCUGCUGCGUAACUACAGGUACAUUCACCGCUCUGCCUCAGAAUUCCAGCAGGUGGCGCACAAGUGUGUCUGUAUGGAUCUUGCCUAUUUAAUGUAACACAGGUUACAUUAGGUUGACUUGAGUGGUAUUCCUGGGUUCUGUCUUCCCAAUUCAGGUUGAUGUGGACUGGGCCAGCUUCUUAAGAGACUAUAGCAGAAGUGGGGCCAGCCAGUGCUUUAUACUAAUGCAGGAAGAUUGCCAGUUACUGUUAAACAAUGAUCAUCUUGCUCUAAAACACAGACAAAAUGUUUAUUUUACUUGAGGGUAAGAUAUCAGAAGAGUGACUUCAACUAGGGGCUGGAAUGAGAGAUUCAGGUCUGCAUCCCAGAUGUUUAUAGACCCAUUUCAUGGAAGGAAGCCACUGCCUUCAAAGAAUAGCGACAUCUAACACAUUUUUACAAAUUGCAGUCUGUAAAUGUCGUGUUUUACAACUACUACUACCCUUUCCUUAUCAAAGAGAUGGCCUUCACACAGAAGCAAGUUUUGCCUCUCCCACAGCCCCUCGGCCCAUUUCCUAAAAAGAAAAGCACUUGCUCGCCCUCACACACUCAGCUCCUGCCAACUUGUGAAAACUAUUUGCAAAUGGCAUGGCAUGGAGGCCGCCCAUUUACCAUUUGUAUAUAAGUGAAAACGAUCAAACGCUGCUACAGCAUCAGUGGGCCCAUUUUGUGUAAUGUGGCAUUGCAUUAUUAUGAGCAUAAGAGGAAAGCGAAGGAUCUUAUAUGUGCUAAAGUAUGGUCUUCCUUGCCCCCCAGGUCCCAUGCUGCCAUCCUCAAGUUCCCCAAUGAUAAGUUCUAUGAUGGGGAGCUGCAGGAGCAUGGCAACCGCCUCAUCACUGAGUCCUACUGCAAAUGGAAGGAGCUGGUGAAGCAGGUGAGGAGUGGUAGGCACCUGGGAAUUCUUCCAUAGGCAUGAACACAGCUGAGUCAGCGUGCUUUCACCUUGCAGGGGUUUCCCAUCAUCUUUCACGGAGUCUGCGGGGAAGACCAGCGUGAAGGGAACAGCCCUUCGUUUUUCAACGCGGCCGAGGUUAAAGUGCUGACUGACUACCUCAAAAAACUGCUUCUGGAGGAGCAGGGCAAGAAAGGCAUGUCUCGCAUUUCCCCCAAAGACAUUGGAGUCAUCACUCCAUACAGGAAGCAGGUGAGAUCUUCUGCUGGUCCCAGCUCACUGAACAAGAUUCCCUUCCAGGAGUCAUGGAAACUUGGAGCCUCUUCAUUGGCCAAGUUGUCCUCCAGCUUAGGUGGUUGCAACUAGUUAUAUGCAUGCAUGUGGUCAGUGGAAGGAUGCACUCUGCUGCAGACAGAUGCUACGGCUGUUACGGUUGGAGCAGCUAAAAAUGUGGUGUGGCAGUCAUAUAACUUGCUUUUGGGUGGUUGCAGCUAGUCAUGUGUGGCCCAGGCUAUGUCUUGCAUUCUCCAUGUGGAUGCUGUGAAUAGUUGUGCUGUGUAACCUCAAGGCUCCAUCAUGUCCUGGGUUUCUGCUAAAGGUAGCAGUGACUGCAGGGCCAAUAUAGUAUAGCCUUUGCCCAGGGUCUGAAUCCUUCCUGCACCACUCCCAUCAUCUCUACCAGGAAUAUCAGACCAGUUACUCCUACUGCAUCAACAGAGAAUUAAAGGCUACCCUCCCAUUUGUGGCAGGGAAGAUUUCUGAAGCCACCAUCCCUAUUUAGUGGCCCAAAGGAAUUCAUCCAUUUGCUGAGGGCAUUAGACAGCAGACGUGCAGCAUUCUUGCUUGCUAGAAACUGAAUCGGACAAUAAGAAUGAGGGGGUGCACAAAUAACUGGUUUUGCUUUUCUCUCCCAGGUGGAGAAGAUAAGAAAAGCCAUUGGUCUGGAACUAAAGGGUGUGAACGAUAUCAAGGAACUAAAGGUGAGACUUAAGUUUUCCUGCCAGUCAUGCCAAGGGAGAAAUGGUUUGGAUAUAUAUCCACAUCAGACGUGGUGCAUCUUAAAUAAGAAUAGCUUUAUUGCACCCAACCAAAAAUCCAUCUGUUCUGCCACUUGUGUGUCCAGCAGCGGCUAAUCAUAUGGUCCAAAAAAGUUCCCAAGUGAGGUUUUGUAUGAUGAAGUAUGCCUUCUUACAUCACAGUAAGCACUGCAUCAAGGACAGAAACACAAUAAGUUGCUUUAUAUGGAAUCUGACUAUUGGUUCAUCUAACACAGUAUUGUUUACACCAGGGCCUUCCAAAUUUGGCUCUCCAGCUGUUAUUGGACUACAUCCCUAGCUAGCAGGACCAGUGGUCAGGGAUGAUGGAAAUUGUAGUCCAAAAGCAGCUAGAGACUCAAGAUUAGAAUACCCUGGUCUACACUGAUUGGCUUUCAGACAGUUUUCCUCAGCCUUCCUGAAGAUGCCCUCCAGAUGGUGAUUGACUUACAACUACAGCAUUGUCAAUUAUCUACGUUGAUGGGAGCGGUUGUCCUGCAACAUCUGGAGGGCAGCAGGAUCAAGCAUCUCAGUACCAGAAGGAAGAAGGCCCCCAGCUAAGCUGCUUGCCUUUCCUGAGUUUGGGAUUUGAAGAUUUAUUUUCCUAAUCCUUGUUAUCUGGCUAUUCUUCUUCUCUCCCUCCAGAUUGGCUGUGUUGAAGAGUUCCAGGGCCAGGAGCGGCGUGUGGUGCUUGUCUCAACAGUGCGCAGCAGCAGCAAUUACUUCAAUAUAGAUGAGGAGUUCAGUAUAGGCUUCCUUCAGAACCCCAAGGUACAAAUCUGGGCACAUCAUCCUAUAAUCUUCAGAAAGGCCCUUGUCGCCUUUCCUUUGGGAUCCAGGGCAGGUCAAGAAACACUACCCCUCCAGAGAUUGCGAGAGAAGCAGUACCAUUUGUGGCUUGGCUUGGUCAUAGUGUGUUUCUGAAUGUAAUCUUCACUUACUGCCAGGCCAGGUGGAUUAAUUUUUCUUCUUUUUCUUCUCUCCACUUUCAGCGCUUCAAUGUGGCCAUUACAAGAGCCAAGGCACUCUUGAUAAUUGUAGGAAAUCCAGCUACUCUCAGCAAGGAUCAGUGCUGGAGCGAGUAAGUGUUGCCCUCCAGUUCCUACACCCUCUUAUAAUAAUAAUAAAAAUAUUUUUUUAUUUAUACCCUGCCCUUCCCGGUUCAAAAACUGGGCUCAGGGCAGCUAACAACAAAUUUAAAACACUUACUUGUAAAAGCAGCAUAAAAUACAGUAUAAAAACACGAAUAACAAUAAAAUUCAAAAUUCAGAAAUCAAUUUAGGGAAAUAAGCAUUAGAUGACGCGGGUGGCGCUGUGGGUUAAACCUUAGAGCCUAGGACUUGCCGAUCAGAAGGUCGGCGGUUCGAAUCCCCACGAUGGGGUGAGCUCCCGUUGCUUGGUGCCUGCUCCUGGCAGCCUAGCAGUUUGAAAGCACGUCAAAGUGCAAGUAGAUAAAUAGGUACCGCUCUGGUGGGAAGAUAAACAGCGUUUCCGUGCACUGCUCUGGUUUGCCAGAAGUGGCUUAGUCAUGCUGGCCACAUGACCCGGAAGCUGUACACCGGCUCCCUCGGCCAAUAAAGCGAGAUGUGGCCGACUCUGGGGUUGCGGCGCUCGACUGUUGUGCCUGUAGCCUGGGCGAAUAGAUCAUUCUGCCCCUGUCAAGGUGUUGCAUUUAUAUAGACCUUUGGUUUUUUAUGAACAUGAAUGUGCCAUAUCUUGAAUCAGACUGUUGGUUCAUAUAGCCUGGUGUUGUCUACUCUGACAGGCUUCAGCUUACCAAGACCUCGAUGUAAAAUCUUUUCCAGCCCAGGUAUUUGAUAUGCCAGGAACUAAACAUGGGAUCUUGUUGUUGCAAAGUAGGUGCUUACCUCUGUGGCUCCCUGUCCUGGGGACAUGCGAUUCUAAUCACAGCACACCCUUAAGCAAGAACUGAUGUUGAAAUAUACUUCAUAGCCAAUGGUUACUUGAGAAUUAGAACAUGGGCCAUUUCAGGAAGCAGUGAGCUACGUCUGAGCAAGAAUCCCCUCGGCUAUUCUGGUUUAGUGCAAAUAUAUCCUUUUAAAAUUAUUCUGACUUCCUCUAAAGCUCAUGGGUCAGGCUGGUGGCAUUAACACUACUAUUUUAUUGGCGCCCCUAGGUUUCUCAAGUAUUGCAAGGACAAUAAUGCAUGCCGAGGAUAUUGGUAUGAGGCAGAUGAGAAUGAAGAGGAUGACGUGCUGGUAGAACUCGCUUCUCUCUCCUUGAAGCCAGAAGGUAAGAGGCUAACGUGACCUAAAUUGGACUCCAGUUAUUUCUUGGAUGUAUAGUAAUCCUAAAUGCAUAGCAACUAACCUGAAAAGCCUUAUCAGAGUUGGGGCAGCCCAAGGAGGCUGCUCAGUUGACAGUUCUAGUAAUUAUCUGCUGGGUUCCGUCUGUGACUGGAGAGUGGAUGAGCAGUUACCAAAAUAAAUGCAACCAUCUGAAUCGUGAUGAAAUACUUCUAUGGCUGUAUUUUUUUUCAAUUCCUGUGUGCUGUACAAUGGAUAGGGUUGCAGAAGCCACCCUUUCUAUCUCCCAGUUUUAUUUAAAAAGAGAAAGAUCAGCAUUUUUUUCAGCCACAAGCCCAUUUGACCAAAGCCAAUGUUCAAUUUUAUUUUAUUUUUGCACAUUUUCUGCAAGGGCUCAACAUCAAUUUUGAUCCAAAUUGGGGUAGAUUGUUUAGAAAUCCUGCUUUCUAAGCACACACACACACACACACACACAAAUGUGGACUUUCGCUGCAACUCACUUCAUACAUUUUGAGGAAUAAGGAUUGCAAAAUAACAAAGCAUAAAUGAUUUUUGUUGGACAAAGUCCUGUGUAUUUAUUUUAAAGAAGUGCCUAUCUUUUAAGUACCCCUGAAGGCUGCCUUGUCAGUGCAAGGGGCUGCACAUUGUCAAGGAGAUGGGUGCUUGAGCGCAGAGGAAAGUCCUGGCAGUUGGAGCUUGGCAAGUGCUCACAAUGCAGCGCAGGUCCUUCUGCUAUAACAUAUUCCCCACCAAUAAAUUGGCAGCUCUGGAGCAUGUCAGAUCAAUUUGGAAGCAAGGGCAAACUAAGGAAGCACUUUCGUUUGCUCUUCAUCUGGUUUUCCUUCUCUGCAGGCAACAGUUCUGGUGAGAGUCACCUCCAGCAGCAGGUGGACCCAGAAUGGUCACGUGAACGCUGA